UUCCACUGGAUAUCAUAAUGAGUGUACGUUACUUUCUCCCCCAGAAAAAUAGAAUUUUUCAAAUUUUAAAUAACAAAACUGCAUCACCCAUUCACCCUACCAGCUCAGAUUCCUAAGUUUUCCAACCUUUCUUUUAUUAAACUUUCCCCAAAUUCCCUCUCAAUUUUAUAAAAAGCCUCUUUUUUUCUCUCCUUUCUACAUUUCAUGUACUAUAAAAUAAUCCACUCUCCUAAAAAAUUAGACGGCGCUAAUUUAUCUGAAUUUUGUUAUUAACCCAAGAAAAGAAAAACCCAUAAUUCUCCUUUUAUAAAACCUACUAAGAUACCUGAAUUUUGUUAUUAAAGAUUCAGUUUUCUGUUCUAUAAUGUGGGUGCUUAUUAUUUUUUAGCUAUGGUAACAGACUAAAAGGGUGUUUAAAUUUUUUUGGGGUUUUGUAUAAAGAUGUUGUGCAGAAAGAAUUCAGUUAGUUGUGGCCGUGGAUCAGUACCAGUGCAUCUAAACGUGUACGAUCUUACUUCCAUUAAUGGUUAUGCUUAUUGGCUUGGUCUUGGUGUUUACCAUUCUGGUGUUCAAGUUCAUGGAGUAGAGUAUGCAUUUGGAGCUCAUGAGUAUCCAACAACGGGGAUAUUUGAAGGGGAACCGAAACAAUGUGAAGGAUUUACGUUUAGGAAGGCAAUUUUGAUUGGAUGGACAGAGAUGAGUCACGGACAAGUGAGAAGAGUUAUGGAAGAACUUGCUGAUAAGUAUAAGGGAAAUGCUUACAAUCUUAUAACUAAGAAUUGUAACCAUUUCUGUAAUGAUGCUUGUCUUAAACUUACUGGCAAUCCCAUCCCCAGUUGGGUAAAUCGACUUGCACGAAUCGGUUUAUUUUGCAAUUGCAUUAUUCCAGCGAGUUUCAACUCGACUAAAAUUGGCCACCAUCGUAUUGAAGACAAACCAUGUGAAGGGGAGAAGAAGAAACUUAGAAGUCGCUCUAAUAGGCUGACUCCAUCAUCGAAUUCAUCGUCUCCACCUUCGUCGUGUUCUCCUCCGCGUGUCACAACCACAAGCAACAGAAGCCGAAGCAAAAGCCCAGUGCCUUCAUCUUCACCCUUGAUAUCCACUUCAAUAUAGAUUUCUUCGUGAAGAAGGCCGUUCUACAUGCUUUUGUUCUGUUUUACAAUUGAUUCUUUUGCACCUUACUUCAUAAACACUACAGCUGUUCAGGAAGCCCUGAAAAUUCUGUGCAUGAAUGAUUUCUCACUUGGGUAUGAAUUUCUUUGCCUCAGGA